AUGACUGAAAGCAGCACUUUGUUUAAAAUGGUUAAGUUUAUGCUGAUCAUAAGUGGACUCUGGCCUUUGGAGUUAAAAAAUGUAUCCAAAUUUUGGCAAGUUAUAUAUAAAGGUUAUUAUAUUUUUGCACAUGCAAUUUAUUUAACAUCGCCAUUUGCCUUUGGUGGAGCUCUAAUAUGUGAUUUUGGUGUUAAGGUUUCUCAGGCUUUGGAAGAUUUUUCAAGGAUGACAUUCGUUAUCCUUAUAAUCUUUAAACUAAAUAUUAUACGGUCAGAAAAUAUGAAAGAAAUGAUAAACCUUGUGAUUUAUGAGGAAAAAAAUAUUAUAAAAAGCAAAGACCUGAUGGUAAAAAAUAUAUACCAGUUUCACGUAUCGUAUUGCAAGAAAAUGGUUUUUUGUAUAGUUGUAUUUCUAUAUGCAGCUGGACUAAUAAACAUGUUUAAUGGAUUUAUUGAAUUAUAUAAAUGGGAAAUUAAUACACACUUUGUAAAUGAAACCAUAAAUAAACCACACAUAAUUCCCUUUUGGUUUCCGUUUAACAAAGAAAAGUACUACUUAUUGGCCAUAAUAUACCAGAUUUGGCACAUAUAUCAAACUUUAGCUAUAAAUGGUGCCAUCCAGGCGCUCAUUAAUUCUGUUAUGGUUUUUCUUAGGGCUAAUUUAAAAAUUCUUCAGUAUCAUAUUAAAAAUUUUGACGACACCGACAGCCUUCAUUUUAAGGAUAAAUAUGUAGCUGAAUUAUAUGCUGCAUGGAAAUUAAAACAAUUAAUUAAACGCCAUCAAAAGUUAAUAAAAUGGUUAAAUGAUUUAAAUAGUUCUUUUCAAAACAUCCUACUAUUGGAAUAUUCGAUUACUUCUCUGCAACUAGCUACGACGUUAGUACAAAUAAUAGAGCUAGUUCAUAUACCUUUUAAUGGAGCAUUUUUCACACAUUGUAUUCUGCAACUUCUUGGAAUUGCUUGGAAUGCUAAUGAAAUUUUGUUAGAGAGCUCUGUCGGUCUACUGAAAGCAAUGUAUGAAAGCAACUGGUACUGUCGAGGAAAAGACAUCAGUUUUAUGGUUUCAUUUAUGAUGAUGCGUUGCACGAAGCCGCUUGUAAUGCGUAUUGGACCGUUAGGUAUUAUGGAUUUAAAUGCUGCCGUUUCGAGGAUCAAAUUGGCCUAUACUUGUAUUUCUAUUUUGGGAAACAGCAAAUAA